GGAUCCAGUACGAGUAACAAGAAAAUCACAAAAGCGUAUCACAGAUUUAGAUGAUAUAUGGCGGGAUUCUUAAUUAUUAAUUCGUAUUAUUGUCCCUGUUCAGUAUCUCAACCAUAUACGUUUUCAGCCAACCAGGAAACAGAAAUACUAAUUACAUAUUUGACAAGAGACUCUGGCGGUUUCAUAUUACCUGCUACAUGACAAUGCGGCUGUAAAUUAUGCAUGGCACAUGAUUACAGCAGACGUGCGAAUGGAGUUAUAUAAAUAUGGCAAAAAGGCUACGCGCAGCUUCAGUACAAUGCAUUGACAACUCAAAUACCGUGUUAACACUCUUCGCCUGUCGACGGAUUUUCUGUCAAGUGUCAACAAUCUUACUUAUCAACUGGGUCCCAUCCUCUUCUCUUUUAAUUCUCUACAUUACGCUUUGUAUUGAAGAAACAUUCACAACGCUACGAAGGUUAACUACAAGAUUUUUUCCUAGCGGAAAUUGUUUACCAUCGACGAGUGGAAUCUGAAGUUAUAUCGAAGAUCCACAUUGUUAUUUUAACCGUGAGGAUGGACGUACCGACGUGGCUGAACUCGUCUUACGUGCAAGCGGUCCUACGAAAGGCUGAGAAAGAUGAUUCCGUCGAGGUGACCAGCAUGACCGUGAAGCCAGCCACGGCCAAGGGUGACAAUUAUACGAGCAACAUGCAUCGCAUCACCCUGGUGCUUUCACGGAUAUCGGAAGGCCGCGAACUUAUGGAGACGCGGUCUCUAAUUGCAAAACUAGCACCUCAGGGCGGUUCUUGGGAGGAAAUGAUAUCGGAGGCUGGAAUUUUCGCGGUGGAAAUGUCAAUGAUGUCAGAAACCCUGCCAAUUAUGCAGCGGAUUCUUACCAAGGCGGGCAAGACUGCGACAUUAGCGGCACGGUGUCUGCACGUCGAGUAUGAAAAACCCGUGCAUCUGAUAGUCGAAGACCUUGCACCCGCCGGAUUCAGAAUGGCGGAUCGUCAGGCAGGUCUUGAUCUGGACCACUGUUUACUCGCGAUUCGGAAUUUAGCCAUUUUUCACGCGAGUUCGGUGGCUCUCGUGGAAAAGGAUCUCAAGGCUGUGUCAAAGUACACCAGAGGAAUGUUUCACAAAGAUCGCCCAUCGGCGAUGGUUGAAUUCAUCAAAGCGAGCACAAAAACCCUAGCAGAAGAGGUUGCAAAAUGGAUUGAACUCAGUCCAAGGAUUUCUGAAAAAAUUUCCAAGUUAUCUGAAGUUGUCUAUGAAAAAGCAUGCGAAGUUACGCUUUUUCGAAAAGAUGAUUUCAACGUCAUCAACCACGGAGAUUUCUGGGUGAACAAUAUGCUGUUUCGCUACGACGAAAGGCAGAAGGUGGUUGAUCAGAUAUUCGUAGACUUUCAAAUUUGCCACUACGGUUCUCCGGCAACGGACAUCCUGUACUUUUUUGGUACCAGCCCGUCUGAAGAAACUCGGAUCCAUCAUCGCGAAUCGAUUUUGCGCGAAUACCACCAUACGCUAACCGAUACUAUGACUCAACUGAAGUGCACCACGGAGCCACCGAGCUUCAACGACCUGCAGGAUGUGUUGAGGAAGCGAGCUUUCUGCGAGGCCAUUGCAACGUUCACCAUAUUGCCCAUUGUUUUGGUCGACAAAAGCAAUGUCCAAAGUAUAGAGGAAAUGAUAUCGUUGAAUGGAAAAUAUGAGAAUCCGGCCUAUAAGGGGAAAUCGUAUCGUAAGGUGAUGACUAGACUUCUACCAUUGUUCGACAGCAUGGGAUUGCUGGACGUAAUAUGAAAGGGCCCGGUAAAAGCAUGAACUCUAUCAUCUAUAGAACAGAUUUCGGCCCGGCAUUCAUAAAUUCCUUAACACUAGAACUACCAUACCAGUCAAAAUGACCAAUCCUUAAACAUAUGUAAUCAUAGACCAUAUUUAUAUCAAUAUGAUAUGAAAAUUUGUUAUUAUUAGAUAUUUUAUAAAGACCAGUCGUUUUAACUGGUUUCGUAUACAUUCAUCUCAAUAUUGGUAGUUCUAGUGUUAAAUGACUUACAUCAGGUAUAGAAUAAAUAAUUCCAGGAUAUCCAAACGAUCCGAAUUUACAACUAGUAACGUUUUAUUGAUAUUAGGAAACGAAAUAAAAUAGACAAAUAAACAAAAACCUACAAAAAUGUAUAAAAAUAGUUUAAAGAGUGUUGAAUUAUAGAUUAUUCAUUCAUUCAUAAAGUUAUUACUAAUAUCAGAUCUAGAAAUUUAUAAUAUAAAGAAAAAUAAGAAAACCCUCCUCGUCGCAAAACAAAAAACCUGGCUCUGUAAUUUAAAAUCAACUGUAAAUAGGUCGCGAAAAAAAAAUGUAUAAAUAAAAACAGAAUCACGUAAGGAAAAUAAAUAAAUAAAUUAAUCAA